UCUCUCGCACGCACUUCGCCCACAAACAAACCUCUUCCCUAAUAAAUUUCAUUUUUUUCCCGCAAGGCUUCCACGGCAUGUUUACCAUUUUUAUUUUUAUUUUUCUAUAUGAAAUUGAAUUUAAUUUCAAAUUUGAAUUUUUCGUCUGGACUCGAUUCUCAUCGUCAUCAUGGAAGUUAUUUGAUCUUGAGUUCAUGAGGUAACCCUGUUUUUCUCUUAGUCCUGUCUCUGCACAAGACCUGUUCGACGAAAUUCCUUGGUUAAGUUCUUCUUGUAAAGAUGUAUGUGGUAAAGAGAGAUGGGCGUCAGGAAGCGGUGCAUUUCGACAAGAUCACUGCUCGUUUGAAAAAGCUUAGUUAUGGUCUUAGUAUCGACCAUUGUGACCCAGUUCUGGUGGCCCAAAAAGUUUGUGCCGGCGUUUACAAAGGCGUUACCACUAGCCAGCUCGAUGAAUUGGCUGCCGAAACCGCUGCUGCUAUGACCGCCAAUCAUCCUGACUAUGCAUCCUUGGCGGCAAGAAUUGCUGUUUCAAAUUUGCACAAGAACACGAAAAAGUUGUUCUCGGAGACUAUCAGAGACAUGUACAACCAUGUCAGUGAAAGAUCAGGACAAAAAGCUUCUCUCAUAGCUGAUGAUGUUUAUGAAGUAAUCAUGAAGAAUGCGGCUCGUUUGGAUAGUGAGAUCAUAUAUGACCGUGACUUUGACUAUGAUUUCUUUGGUUUCAAAACUUUGGAAAGGUCAUACCUCCUGAAGGUUCAGGGGAAGGUUGUGGAGAGGCCCCAACACAUGCUAAUGAGGGUUGCUGUUGGUAUUCAGAAGGAUGAUAUUGAUUCUGCUAUUAGAACUUACCACAACAUGUCUCAACGUUGGUUUACUCAUGCUUCUCCCACCCUUUUUAACUCUGGAACACCAACGCCUCAACUUAGCAGCUGUUUCCUCGUAUGCAUGAAGGAUGAUAGUAUAGAAGGUAUAUACGAUACCUUAAAAGAGUGCGCUAUUAUUAGCAAAUCAGCUGGUGGUAUUGGUGUUUCCAUUCACAAUAUUCGGGCCAUGGGUAGUUAUAUUCGUGGAACAAAUGGGACAUCUAAUGGGAUCGUGCCUAUGCUGCGGGUUUUCAACGAUACUGCUCGAUAUGUUGAUCAAGGAGGAGGCAAGAGGAAGGGUGCUUUUGCUGCAUACUUAGAGCCAUGGCAUGCUGAUAUAUAUGAGUUUUUGGAUCUCAGAAAAAACCAUGGAAAAGAGGAGCAUCGUGCUCGAGAUAUUUUUUAUGCACUUUGGGUGCCUGAUCUGUUCAUGGAAAGAGUUCAAAGUAAUGGAGAAUGGUCAUUAUUUUGUCCGAAUGAGGCCCCUGGUUUGUCUGAUUGUUGGGGUGAGGAAUUUGAGAAGCUAUACAUUGGAUAUGAGCAGCAGGGAAAGGCCAAGAAGAUUGUCAAGGCACAGAAUCUUUGGUUUGAAAUCUUAAAAUCUCAGAUUGAAACUGGAACCCCUUACAUGCUAUUUAAGGAUACUUGUAACAGGAAAAGCAACCAGCAGAAUCUUGGGACCAUUAAAUCCUCUAACUUAUGUACAGAGAUCAUCGAAUAUUCUAGCCCGACAGAGACAGCUGUGUGUAAUCUUUCCUCAAUUGCUCUACCUUGUUUUGUCAGAGAGAAGGGUGUUUCGAUCGAGUCUCACCCAUCUAAGCUUGUUGGUAGCAGAGAUUCCAAAAAUCGUUAUUUUGAUUUUGACAAAUUAGCCGAGAUAACUGCUCUGGUGACAACAAACCUGAACAAGAUAAUCGAUGUCAAUUACUAUCCUGUUGAGACUGCCAGAAGGUCAAAUCUUAGACACAGACCUAUUGGUAUCGGGGUUCAAGGUCUUGCAGAUACUUUCAUUUUACUGGGAUUGCCAUUUGAUUCACCCGAGGCCCAACAAUUGAACAAAGAUAUAUUUGAGGCCAUUUACUACCAUGCUCUUAAAGCUUCUUGUGAGAUUGCUGCAAUGGAGGGUCCCUAUGAAACGUAUUCUGGCAGUCCUGUUAGUCAGGGAAUUCUUCAACCUGACAUGUGGUGGGUAACUCCUUCGAAGCGAUGGGAUUGGGAUACUCUCAGAGGACAGAUAGCCAAAAAUGGUGUUAGAAAUUCACUUCUUGUGGCUCCAAUGCCGACUGCUUCUACCAGCCAGAUUCUUGGAAACAACGAGUGCUUUGAGCCAUACACUUCUAACAUCUACAGUCGCAGAGUCCUAAGUGGCGAAUUUGUUGUUGUGAACAAGCAUCUAUUGCAUGACUUAACAGAGAUGGGUGUAUGGUCUCCUGCACUGAAGAAUAAGAUUAUAUAUGAGAAUGGCUCUGUUCAGAACAUUCCAGAAAUCCCUAUUGAUCUAAGAGCCAUUUACAAAACUGUUUGGGAGAUCAAGCAAAAGACAUUAGUAGACAUGGCUGUCGAUCGAGGAUGUUACAUCGACCAGAGUCAGAGCCUCAAUAUUCACAUGGACCAACCAAAUUUUGGAAAACUCACUUCCUUGCACUUCUAUGCGUGGUCAAAGGGUUUAAAAACAGGAAUGUACUAUCUACGAUCCCGGGCUGCAGCCGAUGCCAUCAAAUUUACAGUUGAUACAUCGAUGCUCAAGGAAAAAACUAAUGAUGAAGAUGAUAGUACAAAAAUGGCAGAGAUGGUAUGUUCUCUAACUAACCGUGAAGAGUGCUCGGCCUGUGGAAGUUAGACAUGGCUUUGUUCUAAGCUCUUGCUUCAAAGGGAUGACCGAACUUCUUGACGCUUUUAUCAAAUAUCUAGCUUGCGGUAAUAUAAUGUAAAAUUUCUGUACAGGUUUUUUAUUAAUUAUUAGGUAAUUUACUGGGCUUCUCGAUGCAAAGACAUGCUUUUAGUUUGUAAUCCAUAUGUGUUUGACGGCUUAAAUGAAUAUGGUAAACAACUUUGCUUCUCACUGUUAAUAAUUCA